CAUUACUCGAAGAUAAACACGAAACUAUGAGAAGAACCAACCAAUUUUGCUGAAAAGCAACGAAAUCGAAGAAUCAGAGCAACAAAGAAACCGAAAAGCAAACAAAAACAAAAAGACAAUUUCUCUCUCUCAAUAUAUAAACUGAAAAACUGGGGAAAGAAGAGGUGAAAAAAAUGGCAGAGAAAAGGACAAGAUCAAAGCUUUCAGCUCCAACACGUCCAUCCAUAACUUUACCACCAAAACCAGCCAUGGAUGGCUUAUUUUCAAGUGGUUUAGGGCUAAGUCCAGGGCCUAUGACACUGGUUUCAUCUUUUUUCUCCGACCUUGACUCAACAGAGAAUAGGUCUUUUUCUCAGCUUCUAGCUUCAGCAAUGACUUCACCUGGAGCUCGAUUACCCCACGCUUCAAUGGAUGGUUCAUUUAUGGAGGUGGGUUUUAAAGAUGGAGGUGAAAAAAGCCCUGGGUUUAAGCACAACCGACCUUUGAAUUUUGACUCUCCUUUGUUCACUGCGCCUACUGGGCUAACCCCUUCUGGUUUGCUUAAUUCUCCAAGCUUCUUUUGUCUUUCUCCUCAGAGUCCUUUUGGAAUAUCCCAUCGGCAAGCAUUGGCACAGGUUACAGCUCAAGCUGCCCUAGCACAAUCUCAAGUUCAUCCACAAACCGAAUAUCAAGCGUUGACGGUAUCAGCUCCUUCGGAGUCAUUGAUCCGUCAUCCGUCCUUCACUCCUGAAGAAACUUCACAGUUGAUGCCUCCUUUGGCCUCAGAACCUCAAAGUUCUGCAAUAGAAUACUCGGAAGCUUCCCAAUCUGAUAGGAAAAACCAGCUUCCUAUUGCUGUGGAUAAACCUGCUGAAGAUGGCUAUAACUGGCGUAAGUAUGGACAGAAGCCUAUUAAAGGCUGUGAGUAUCCACGAAGCUACUACAAGUGUACCUAUCUUAAUUGCCCUGUGAAAAAGAAGGUAGAACGAUCUGCUGAUGGCGAAAUAACCGAAAUUAUAUACAAAGGCGCUCACAAUCAUGAAAAGCCUCAGCCAAAUAAACAAGCAAAGGGUGGUAGUGAUGGAAAUGCAAAUUCACAGGCAAAUCCUGAAUUCGGUUCUCAGGUUGCAGCUUUAAAUUCUAACAAGUUAAGUGAAACCAUGUCGUCUCAUUCGAUACUGGGGAAAACUUCUGAAUCUACUCAAGCUGCAGAAUUACCUGGAUCAAGUGACAGUGAGGAAGGAUGUGAUGAAGAGAGUCGAGAAGAAAGAGAUGAUGAUGAACCAAAUUUGAAAAGAAGGAAUACUGCGCCGGAAGCUGCAGUAGUGUUGUCGCACAAGACGGUCACAGAACCAAAAAUUAUCGUGCAAACAAGAAGUGAAGUUGACCUUUUGGAUGAUGGCUAUAGAUGGCGCAAAUAUGGACAGAAAGUGGUGAAAGGGAACCCUCAUCCAAGGAGCUAUUACAAAUGCACGAGUGCUGGAUGCAAUGUUAGGAAGCAUGUGGAAAGAUCAUCAACUGACCCAAAAGCAGUCAUAACAACAUACGAGGGAAAGCAUAACCACGACGUUCCAGCAGCUAGAAACAGCAGCCACAACAUGGUGAACAACAGUUUGUUGCAGACAAAACCGCACAAGGUUGUGGCUGAGAACCAGAACCAUUCUUUACUGAAAGCAAUGGAUUUUGGAAACAAUGGUCAGGGACCAGCAGUUUUAAGGCUAAAGGAGGAGCAGAUAAGAGUGUAAUCCCCCACCUCUUAAAGCAGCCAGAGUCUGGCCAUUCAUUGGUAUGAAAAUGCACAAGGGUUGAAUAAAUAACGCAGGUGAAAUUGAAGGAUAAAUCCUGGUGAAGCAUAAUAUAAUUACCCAGUUUUGAACGUUUUGGAAUUUAUAAGUAAUGUUGUAAAGCAUGUUAGGGCUUGUUUGCUGCUGCUGCCACUAAUUUAUACUUUGUAAGAUUCAGUUAAAAUGACAAUAAGCAAUUACUGAUUAUGUUUA